ACCAAUCAACGCACUUUACAAUCCUCCUCUCAGACGCUCGACAGAAAGGAGCACAGAAGCUCAAACAAUGAAAAGCGCUCACUCUUUGGCUGGAUUCCUGCUCCUCAUCAUGAUUCAAAGCAGCUUGCAGGUGCCUGACCAGGACACAGACCGAAACCCUAUGCUAUUGGCUGAAAACUCUGUGCUGGCCGAACCCAUUGAGCUCCCAAACAUGAAGAGACAUUCAGAGGGAACAUUUUCCAACGACUACAGUAAAUAUCUGGAGACGAGAAGAGCACAAGACUUUGUCCAGUGGCUAAAGAACUCAAAAAGGAACGGGGGCUUAUUUAGACGCCAUGCAGACGGCACCUACACCAGUGACGUGAGCUCCUACCUGCAGGACAAGGCUGCCAAGGAGUUUGUGUCCUGGCUGAAGACUGGCCGAGGCAGAAGAGAGUAA